UGACGUGGCGCACAGCGCGAGGGUGGGUGAGCGCGAUGAGAAGGUGAUCGAUGGUAGAAGAUGAGCUUAGAUAGCAGCAAGCUGCUGAAGGACCGGUCGUCCUGUUAUGGUACAGUCCGGCACACUGGGGCCAUCAUCUCCAUGGAGGUGACUGGAUACCAGCAAGUGCAAUGGCGAGUAAUUCUCUGCCAUAUUCUUACUGUGCUGACGGUGGGAAUAUUGUGGGUCAUCUUUCACUGGAAGCCAGUUCUGGAAGUGCUUGUUAAGUGCCACCCCUGUCAUCUGAGCCAGUCUGACUGGGUCAUAAUAAAGGAUUCAUUUAACCAGCAAUUUGUAGCCAAAGUUUGGACAGAAGAGAUAGAGGAUGACAGUUUUCCUCAUCCAGUUCAGCCUAGUGAAGAUGAGAAUCGAAUAAAUUUAGCCAUAGGAGUGCUUGAAGUUGAUUGGAAGGACACUAUUCCACUUCAGAAGCAGGAGGAGAAAAAUGUGAUUCGUUACUAUAUGUUUGAGGGGUUACGCUACAUUUGGAUUGAGAAGAGACAAUGCUUCUGCAAACUCAGCGUUCUUGAAGAAACGCUGACAUGUGGAGACAUUCACAGGCAACGGAGGGGACUCAGCCGACAUAACCAAAACUCAAAAAGACUGGUGUAUGGACCAAAUGUAAUUGAUGUGCCUGUAAAGUCAUACUUUAGGCUGCUAAUAGAGGAGGUGCUGAAUCCUUUCUACAUUUUCCAGAUCUUCAGUAUUAUACUUUGGAUCACAGAACAAUAUUACUACUAUGCCGGGUGCAUUCUGCUCAUCUCCGUAAUAUCCAUUGGUAUAUCCCUGUACCAGACACACAAGCAAAGUGUAAUACUACGGGAUAUGGUGAAGCUUACAGUCCAUGUGCGGAUCCACCGGGAAUCUGGAGAAGAGGAAAUCGUGAAUUCUCAGGAUUUAGUACCCGGUGACUGCAUUGUGAUUCCUGAAGAUGGGAUUCAAGUCCCAUGUGAUGCAGUCCUCCUAACUGGAGAGUGCAUGGUUAAUGAGAGCAUGCUUACAGGUGAGAGCAUACCAGUGAUGAAAACCCCAUUAUCCGAUCAGGACAUGUACUAUUCACCUGAAGAACACAAACGGCACACACUCUUCUGUGGAACUGAGGUCCUCCAGUCAAAGACCUACAAUGUGGAUCAGCAGGUGGUGGCUGUAGUCGUGAGAACAGGCUUUUGUACUGCUAAAGGAGAACUGAUCAGUUCCAUUCUGUACCCAAAACCUCUAGGAUUUAAGUUCUACAAAGAUGCUGUGAAAUUUAUCAUCUUCCUUGCAAUACUCGCUCUGAUUGGGGACAUAUACAGCAUUGUGAUUUUAGAGAGGCAGAAGGUGUCAGUAGGACGAUUGGUGAAACGUGUCCUAGAUCUGAUCACUAUUAUUGUUCCACCCGCUCUACCUGCUGCAAUGACUGUUGGGACAAUAUAUGCCCAGAACAGAUUGAAAAAAUAUGGGAUAUUCUGCAUUAGUCCACCACGCAUCAACAUCUGUGGCAAACUAAAAGUCAUCUGCUUUGAUAAGACUGGAACACUUACAGAAGAAGGCCUGGACGUCUGGGGAGUUGUACCUGUGGUGAACAAGACUUUUGAGCCAAUUAUUCAUGACAUCUGGCAUGUUAGUGGUCCAAUACUCCAUGCUUUAGCCACCUGUCAUAGUGUCACCCUUUUGAAUAAUCAACCAAUUGGUGACCCACUUGACCUUAAGAUGAUUGAAUCAACUGGUUGGAUUCUGUCAGAUGAGAUUACAAAGUCAGAUGUUGUUUCACAAUUUGGAAUGAAAGUUGUGGCCAUUUUAAAACCUCCACUGUUAGAAGAACCAUUUUAUGGAAGUCAGAAACAAGAGAUGAAUUUGGGGAUUCUUCACCGUUUUCCCUUUGCUUCAUCACUUCAGAGAAUGAGUGUGAUCGUAAAGAAACCAGGAAAUUUGCCAAUAGAAGCGUAUUUGAAGGGAGCACCUGAGAUGGUUGCGAGUCUCUGUAUAAAGGAAACGGUUCCUGCUGAUUUCUCAGAAAUGUUAAGGUACUAUGCCAGAGAUGGGUACAGAGUUUUGGCACUUGCAUACAAAACACUAGGUCAAGACAUUACCUUUGAGGCAGUACAUAAGCUAGAAAGGAAUUUUGUGGAUAGUGAGAUGACAUUCCUAGGAUUCCUCAUCAUGCAAAAUAUCUUGAAGCCAGAAACGAAGCCCAUCAUUGAGCGCUUGAAUCGAGCCAAUUUCCGUACUGUUAUGGUGACAGGAGACAACAUGUUAACAGCUCUCAAUGUUGCCAGGAAUUGUGGGAUGGUGGGUGUGAAUGAUAGAGUCAUUUUUACCAAUGCUUCCCCGUCCAUUCGUGGUAAACCUGCUUGUGUGAAAUUCCUGCUAUCAGAACCAGCACCAGGUCAGCAGAAUGGAAUGGAGCAGCAACAGUCUGGGAACCACUCUCUAGAGCAAUCUUCCUAUCACUUUGCACUAAAUGGAAAGUCUUUUGCAGUGGUUUAUGACUAUUUCCCAGAUCUCCUACAGAAGAUUCUGAUUCGAGGUACUGUUUAUGCCCGAAUGGCUCCUAAUCAGAAGACACAGCUAGUGGAGAGUUUACAGAAAUUGGAAUACAGUGUAGGAAUGUGUGGAGAUGGAGCCAAUGACUGUGGGGCUUUGAAAGCUGCAGAUGCAGGAAUCUCUCUAACAGUACACAAUGCAAACUUGCUCGCUCCUAUCAGUAAACUGACCGAUCACAUGAAGCUGAAACCCAUUGAGUGCAACGCGGCGCUGAUUGCAGGAGGCCCCCCCCGGGGGGCACCGACCUGGAUCACCGUCUCCAGCUUGUCCCCCUCCUCGGCUGCAAAGUCUCCACGAGAGCUCAUCGAAAGGUCCAACCACCACAGGAGGGGAAAACUUUCCAACGGAACUUGCAGCACAGGUCAGGCCGGAGGCAGGGAAGGUAAUCGAUCAGCCCGCUCCAACCAUCAAUGA